GGUAUACUAUCUACCGCUUGCUACUCGUGUCUUUAGCUUUCCAAGGUUCGGAAAAAUGACAACGGACAGGUUGGAUGAUACUCCGAAAACUUAAUAUGGGAUCAGGUCGGUGCUGGUUGAAUGGAAGGUGGAGAUGGGAGGAUGGAUGGAUAGAUAUAAAGGCUGGGAAAUUCUCGUCAUGUCUUGGCUUUUCUCCAUGUGGUUUGCGUUACUUUUCUGCUUGGGAAUUGGGAUAACAGACAAGAUGAGAGUCUCUAAGUAUUCGGUUCCUUUGUUUACUGGAUAUGGGUUGUCGACUGCUAUGCCAGAUGCAUCGAAGACAGAUUUGGCAUCAUCUGCACAAAAACAUGGCUGGAUCCCGCGGUUUGAAAACUUAGUGGCUUUUGGAGACAGUUAUACAGACGAGUCUAGACUGAGUUAUUUUCAAACUCACAACGGCUCUGCACCGCCACCAGGAACUUUACUUCCAUCCAGCAAUUCGACCGCUGGUGGAGGCGUCACCUGGGAUCGAUGGGUGUCCAACUAUAGCGGAGCUAAGCUUUAUGACUACGCUGUCGCCGGAGCUGUCUGCUCCAACGCAAUCAUCAAUCGAUAUUUAGCCAGCAUCUCUGGACCUUUCCCUGAUGUUGUCUAUGAAGUCGAUGCGUUCACUGCGGAUGUUAAGUAUAUCAAUUCAUCCACAAAUACCAACACUCUCUACACCAACCGCAAGCCUGACAACACGGUAUAUUCAAUGUGGAUCGGUACCAACGAUCUGGGAGAAGGUGCAUUUUUGACAGACUCUUCCUUGAAUGGGGCAACCAUUCCAGACUACGUUGAUUGCAUUUUCGAUAGAUUUGAUGGGAUCUACCAGACCGGAGCCAGAUAUUUUGUUCUAAUGAACAAUGCGCCGUUACAACUAACGCCAUUGUAUGGUAUGCCAGGUGCAGGAGGAUUGAAUGCUAGCCAUUAUUGGCCCAACAAACCAAGCAACAUCUCAGAAAUCAGCGGGAAGAUGAAAGAAUAUACGCAAUUGGCCAACAGCAUAUUCGACUACCGAGUACCAUUUGAAAUAGUAAUUAAAAAGCGUUACCCAGGAGCGUCGAUCGCCGUCUUCGAUACCAAUUCUUUACUUACCGACAUUUACAACAAUCCAACCCAGUAUUUACCAGCACCAGCAGUAGUCGAUGCAUCAUACGUUCUCUGUGCUGUCUCUGGAUCACCAUGCCCCAAGCAGCCAGGAAGCUUAGAUGGCUAUAUGUGGUACGACGAACUACACCCUUCUCAAGGAACAGAUAAAGUCAUUGCUCAAGAAUUUUUAAAUGUUGUAAAAGGAAAUUCGAAAUAUGCUACAUAUUGGUAGUCGGUAGCUUGUUGUCAGCGAUUGGUUAAUAAGUAAGCAUAAUGGCAAAAUAGAAAAAGUAAUGAUUAUCUGGAACUGAAGAUGUGUGCUUGCUUGUGUUACCAUUACCCGUACCUAAUCUUUACUGGGACGGACAUGCAUAUUCCCCUUCCGAUGAAAGCGCCGCCAGAUAUAAGAGGUUUGUUUGCAUAGCAAUGCUUAUAUCAGAGCCCA